GAAGGUCUCUGUUUCUUUCUGUUGUGUGUGUUUUUAUUUAAUAAUGAAGGUGCUUAGGCCAGCGUGGAGAAGUGUUGUGAUGCCGUCAUCAAAUAAGAGAAAUCAUAUUGAUAUUGUUGAUCAGCUCGAAACAUAGUUAGCCGUCUGAUUACUUGGAAACAUAGUUAAUUGGCUGAUCUAAACUUGUUACUCAUACCUGACGGAUGACACAUCCAUGGACGAUGUCUCCGUGGAAACAAAUCUGCUCGAUACUUUGCUGGAAACGUUCGUUGGUAGAGAUGAUGCUGCAUCAACGACAGCAGCACUUGCACUGCUGGAGGCAAAUAGUGGAAUAGAAGUUUGCCAAAGAUUGUUAAAAAAGUGGAAGCAUUUGAGACCAUUCACACAAAAGUUUAUUGCUCUGGUUGCUGAGCUCAAGAAAACUAAUGAACAUUUGACGAUGAACGGACUCAAUAGAGCAGAAAAGGAGGUGAAGGUAUUGGAUGAAGAAAACGAUGUUUCAAGUGACACGCUGAUAAGGCUCUACAAAAAAAAGAAGCACACACCUGUUACCAAGGCCAUGGGAGUUGGCUUCCAAGAGGAAAUACUUCUGGACAUCCUCAGCAGGUUAUCCGUGCUGCCUCUUCUCCGAUUCAAAUGUGUUUCAAAAUUUUGGAAGACAUUAAUCUCCGAUCCUUACUUUAUCAUGAAGCAUCAAAGCCAUCACAAGAAUGACUUAAAUUCCCAAAAACUUCUUGUUGUGGAAGAUAUGACUACCUUCUUUUCGUCUUCUUUAUCGACUGUUCAACUUGUUGAGGAUGUACAAAACCUUGAUUGCGUUUCAAACAUCAAACCAUUCGAUAUUUGCAACAUUUAUGGUUGUUGCGAUGGAUUGGUUCUUCUUGGAUUUGUUAAUCGAUAUGAUAAACAACUUUUGCUGUGGAACCCCUCUACAAGAGAAUCGACAGUACUUCCCAUCCAGAAUUUACACCAGGGAGAACUACUUUCGGAUUGGGAUAUGAUGCAACUAGUGACGGCUACAUGAUCCUUAAGCUAGACCGAGGUUCAGAUGAUAUCGAUCUACCAGCAUCCUAUGAAAUUCUUGCGUUAAAAAGUGGUUCCUGGAGAAAAAUUCGUAACUUUCCAACUAUGGUUUGCCCUAACACAGGAUAUGUAUUGGAGAUUGAUCCUAUUGAUGCGGAUCACAAUAUGGAACCUUUGGCUUUUUUACAUGGAGCAUUUCAUUGGCUUGGUCUUUCGUAUGGUUAUUCUCUGGUUUCAUUUAGUUCUUCAGAUAUGUUGUUCAGAGAAAUACCGUUGUUAGAGCCAACAGAGUACAGUACUUACAACAUGCGGGAGUCUGAUUAUGGCGUUUCAGUAUUGGGAGGAAUGAUUUGCUUUUAUUGUACUUAUUGUAGUUGGCAGAUGGAGGGCACUUUUAAGUUGUGGGUAAUGAAAGACUACGGUGUCAAGGAAUCUUGGACUGAGGUGUUUACUCUACAAGAGGCCCAUCUUUGUUCAAUCGUACCAAAAUAUAGGUUUGCGGAUGGUGAAGUGCUACUCUGCUUCAGAUUGAAUAAUCGUUCUGUAUUUAGGACAUCCAAAGGACCAUUUGGAUUAUGGCCUCAAAUUGAUAUCUAUCAGGAGGGGAUCGUUUAUAUAGAAAGCUUGAUUUCUCCAAAAUCACUUUGUUAGUGUUUGAUUGUGUAUGAUCAAGCCACUUUUUUCGGGAGUCAUGUAACAACCUCUUAUUCAGAUUGCACUCUAACUUUACGUGUUGUUUGUCUAAUUCUAUAUAGCAGUAAUGCACUGUUUAUUCUUCAGCUACUGGCUUGCUUGAUAAUUAUAA